CUUUCCGUGCCUCUGUUUUGAUCCACUUGCUGCCUUGAGCUAGCAGACUGCAUAUUGUAGUCAGCACACGUCAGGUUUACUGUUUGUUCUCUGGUGUGUGUCGCUGUUUAGAGGACGGGGGUGUAUGGAAAGGCACAUCCACACGGCUGAAAAGAGAAUCGGGGAGAGGACGGAGAUCCAUCAAAAUUAACAGAGAGCAAGUGUGUCAACAGUCUGCUCGUUCUUCUGUGGAGGAGAAGAGAAGGUCCUUGGUGGUGGCAACAGCUAUUUGGUUCAGCUUCAUUUUAGCCCCGACAGUAUUUUGCGACUGUCCGCUCAGCUACACAUCAAAUUGGACUUCCACGCAAUGCACACUCCCGCGUCCAUGCUGAUGGGGGUGGUGUUUGCUCCCUUGGGCCUUGUGCUGGUGUUCACCGCAGCAAUCACGCCCCAGUGGAGGGAGGGGCAGGCGCGGGUGGGUGGGGCAGGGCGGGGCAGAGCAAAGGAGCUCCUCCUACUUCGAACAGAUGGAUUGUGGGAAAGCUGUCUGCAGGUGGUGCACUCUGAGGUUAAAGAAUGCUGGCCGGUGUCGGGCUCAUAUCAACAGGAUGCUCGGCUUCGACUGGUCCAGGAGAUGGUGCUGUCAUCGCUCGUCCUGUGUGGCGCGGGGAUCGUGCUCGCUAGCGUGGGGGUUCGUUGCUGGACCGAUAUCCCUCUCAGGAGUGUAGUGGCAGCCGGUGGCCUGUUGGUGGCGCUAGCGGGCGUGCUCAGUCUGGCUGCUUUAGGGGUCUACACACGGAAUCUCUCAAAGUUGGGGAUCGAGGUGGAUUUAACUCCACCUGAGACCCUGGAAGUCAACAUGCAAAAAACACUGAGACUAACGCUACACCCGGCUGGGUCGCUGUACUUUGGGUGGGUGGGUGCUUGGGUACAGGUGCUGGGAGGUGCAGCUUUGUUGUUUGGGUUUAAAAGUAUGCAGUGUCCGACCUGUCCCAAAAAGAGACUCAAAGAUAGUGCAGAGAUGUAUGAGGUGAACUGUUAGAUCAACCAAAUAGAACAACAGAACAGACUCUUUUGUACAAUGGGAGAACAGUGUAUUGAUUGCUCUUGUACUGGAUUGACAGCAGUCAACGUAAAAAACCUAAAUACAAGAUCUAUUGAAAAAAAAAUUGGGGGCGACAUUAUACUGUAAGUGUGCAAUUGCCAUUUUUGUUUGGUGAGGAUUGUUUGUCAUAAUUGUCAACAGGUCACAGUAUACACAAUGCUUUCAGUAUAGCUCAAAGUUUUAGCUUAAUAUUUAAUGAGUAACAGUCCCUUAAGCAAGAUGUGUGUAAAGAGGGUUCUUAUAAAAGGUUUGUAUUAUGACAGAGUUUCCUUGUACAUCAUGACAAUGCUGUUCUAAAAUAUUUCCAAAGGUGUUUUACACUGAUGGUUAUGCCACAAGGCUCAAAAGCAUUUUGCUCUUUACCUCUAUGACUGGUCACGCAUACUUUCACUAAAGAUUUAUGGAUAAUAAACUUG